UUUGCGCACUUAUUUCCCGUACAUUCGGGACAAACACUUGGAGUACUAAAUCCUGACGGAACUGUCACUCAACUCAAUCCACAGGUUGUGGUCAGUAGUGCGGCGGCCGUCGGGACGCAAGAACCGGGAACUGAAAACAAAGUGAAUCAAACAAAUCAAAGUAAUACCCCGACGAGUAUGUCGUCCAACACUAGCGGCCAAACGGUUUUGGCGAACGUCCAGUUGCCGAACGGACAGAUCGGACAAUUAAUAUCAGCUCCCGUUUGGCCAUCAAAUUCAAUAAACCUCUCGAGUUUAGGCGGUUUGAGAUCCGGUCAGAACCAAGUGAUUCAAGUGCAGGGAAUGGGAGGACUGCAG